AUGAGUACAGCGGCCUGUCUGGGUGGGCCGCAAGGGCCCAAAGAUCUCUUAGACGCAGUGCGUGAAGCUGUGGUAAAGGGUGACAUGGAUACUCUAGCGCGUCUUCGCAGAGACUUUCUGAGUGUUGCGGAAAAUGUUUCCAAAUGCGUCGAUGAGACCGGGAAUACACUCGUUCACUUGUCUCUAGGAAAAGAUACAACCAUACUGGCUUUCACAGUCAAAGAACUUGCAGGGAAUGUUAACGCCCCUAAUUUUCAGGGACGUACACCGCUGCAUGAGGCUGUUAGAAACAAUUACGUUGAGUGCUGUGAGGCACUUUUAGACUAUGGGGCGGAUGAUACGGUGCAGGCUGCAACCCUUUCUACGCCAUUUCACACCGCUGCAGCCUGUGGGAGUGUGGAAUGUAUGGAGAUUUUAUUGAAGCGAAGUCCGGAUCCCACGGCUAAAGUGAAUGAGCUUGACCGCAGCAAGUGCUCAGCACUUCACAAGAGUGCAUCAGAUGGUGAUGUUCGCGUGUGCCAGUGGCUCGUAGAGCACGGUGCAGUAGUUGAUCAGCGGGAUAUCAACGACACAACACCGCUGCUGAUGGCUGUAAAAAUGGGCAAACAGGAGGCGGCUGAAUAUCUCAUCCGUCAGGGGGCUUGUUGCGACCAUCACGAUGUGCAGGGCAAUCGACCCGUUCACUUCUGCGCAAUUCGGUGCGAUUACAAGAUACUAAAGCUUCUCAUUGAUGCAAAGGCGUCUGUCAAUGUUCAAAAUGACGAGUUUAAUAACCCGCUUCAUCUCGCGGCGAUUCACCAGCGGCCAAAUUCAAAGGAGUGGGAGGAUCUCAUUGCGCUUCUACUUGAUGCCGGUUGUGAUCCCACUGUGGAGAAUGCAUCACGUAAGAAGCCUGUGGAUUACGUUGGUCGCAACCUCAAGAAAGUAUUCUCAAGGGAGGAGGCUGACGUGCGCCGGCAACUGAAAGCGCAAAAACAGAGGGAGGAGGAAGAAGAAAUACAGAAAAUGCUGGAGCUGAGAUGCACCUGGAGAAAUUCGGUGCUAAAUAACUUGGACAAAGCAAAAAAGACACAAAAGGAAGAGGCAGACCGGCUUCACAGAGAAGCGGAGGAGAGGCUCCGUGCCGAAGAUGAUGCUAGAAUUCUCCUUGAGGAAGCUAUGGAGAGGCAACGCUAUCAAGAAGAGGAAAAGAAAAAACGCACAGACUCUCUGGAGAAGUCGAAGAAUUCAGGAAAGAAGUAA